AUGAUUCCGAUGGAGAACAGACUGGAGAAGGCCAGUGACAAGAACACAGACCUGGAUGACAUUCUGAGUCAGAUAGCAGAGCUGGACAAAUGGAGGGAAAUAUUUGACGCUCGGGGGUUGGAACUACACAACUGUUCUGAAAGAAUGCAUGUAGCCUCUGAAAUGGAAGAUUAUAAGCAGCUGUUCCAGAGCAUCAACACUCUGCAGCCCUCCAGGCUUGGAUACAUUGAACUGCUUCAAGAGGAGGUGAAGAGAAACCAGGAUAGACCUCUUGAGAGGUUUAAACCUGAGGAAGAACCCGAGGAUGUUUCUCGGUCUCCUUCAGCCCAUUCAUUCCACAGCAACGUCAACUCUCUGAUGGUGCCCUACUCCAUCCCUCGUGCACUAGCCGUCUCUCCCACUAUGGGUGGACAUCCAGUUUCACCUGAACUUGCCAUGAGUCUGAGGAAGAUUUUGUUUGGAAACACAUUGCACAUUUUCAAUUAUGAGUGGAAGAAAUCCUUCUUUAAGUUCCGGGAGCCAUAUUCGAACCUAUCCUAUGCUUUGGAGGCAGAAAGAGGAGGAGCCCGCGCAAUUCAGAUGGCAGUUCAGGCCCAUGUUAUCAAAUACCUGCUUUUCACACAGUCACUGAACUCAGAGCACUGUGGAAUAGAGAGGCUGUUGGAGAUUGGGGAGAAAGAGCAGGAGAGGGCUUUGGCUGCUGCGUUGGCUGAUAUUUUAUGGACAGCUGGUGAGGAGCGUACUGCCACCGUCUCCUUGGUUACGCCAGAUCGCUGCUUCACCCCCCACCUGGACUACAAACUGGACAACUUCACAGAGAGGUUGCAGCUUUUCACCUUUAAAGAGAAAGAAGACGUGACAAAAUUUAUAUAUGAACAUAUUCAGUGUUUCAAUGAGGAAGGAAGCCAUGGAGUCAUUCUCUUUCUGUACAGCUUGAUCUUAUCAAGGUCAAUUAUUAGGUUGCAAGAAGACCUGGAUUUCAGCACAACUCAUCUCUUACAAUUUGGCUUAGGCAACUUUGUUUGUCGCCAGGCCCUUUUAAACCUGUUGUUGACUGGCCGAGCCAGUCCUAACGUCUUCAAUGGAAAAUUGUCAUGUGAUGAGCAUGGCAAUGCACUGGACCAACCUCUUCAUGGAGUUCUGAAUCGGAGCAAUGUGGGAUACCUACACUGGAGCAGAGAGCAAUCGGAACAUGGCAGUCUGCCUGCUGUGGGAAGCAUGCUCAAGACGCCCAAACUGCCGGUUUGGAUUUGCAACAUCAAUGGCACCUACAGCGUUUUAUUUAGUCCAAACCUUUCUCUGUUGUCUGAUUGGAAGAUGGAGCACCUCUUCCACCUCUACUUCUACAAUGGCCAACCAACCCAAGUCAAUACUGCAAUGCUCACUAUAGACACUCAUUCCCAUCACUGGGAGGCUAAAAGCAGAGAUGGUCAAGGAGACCCUGAAAAGAGGUUUCCCUCAGUGGAGAUGACCAUCAGAACUAAAUGGGCGGGAGCGGCAAUUAACUGGAAUGGGACAGUACCUUUCUUCUGAGAAGGUUUAGCUAGGCAUUGACUUUGAUUUAGUAGUCUAUAUUAAAUACAAUAUAAAUUUAUGUGCUAUGACAUGCACAUUAAAAACAUUACCUUUCUUUUAUUAACUUUAUAAUGUCCCCUAAUAAUGUUUAAAUAGUACAUGGACUUUAAAUUUAUGUAGACAGUUUAGAAACAUUGCAUAUCUGGCAGAUUUGAUUGUUUGAUAAUAAUUUAAUUUGAAUGUGAUUAUUUGCUGCAGAAUUUGCUAAUGUUUUGUUAACCUACCCUUCAUAACAUGCUCAGGGAGGGAACCUAUUUAUCAUGAUCAUUUGAAAUCAUUUCAAGCCAAUCAAGCAAGAUUUUUUUUAUAAUAUCUAACUAUCCAGAAACAGUUCAGAUAAUGUUGAGGUG